GCACACCUUUCGAAGAGAAAAAAGCAGCGGAAAUCAACUCUGUUCUUUCUCUAGAUGCGAGAACCCUCAUCUAUCGCCCUCUCCCCAAAAUGCAUCCUCUGCCCUCUUCUUCCCCGCCGCAGCUACCUAACGACUCCACUGACAGCGGUGUCUCCGCCGAGCGCCGUCUUCGUGAGGCGGAGGAACGCUUGAGAGAGGCAAUUGGAGAGCUUCAGCGCCGGCAACGUCGUGCCCGGGGUUUAUACCCGCCCUGUGACCAUGCCGAUGAAUCCUGCGUUGCCAACGCUAUCGGUAACGUUUGCCAAAGUUUUCUUCUCUCUUACGGUGUGCGCGUUGGCAUCGGAAUUCUCCUCCGAGCUUUUAAGCUCGCUCGCGGCCAGUCCUAUUCCUCUCUACUUGAUCUCAAGCAACUUGUCUCCGAAAAAGAUCUAAUUGUAAGAGAGGAAGCAUGCCGAAUUGGUUUGCUCUUUGGGGGAUUUACUGGUUCCUAUCAUGCUCUGAGAUGCUUGCUGAGAAAGCUGAGGAGAAAAGAGACACCCCUAAAUGCGGGAUGAUGGGCAGAAUUUUAGCAGGUUCAGUGGCAGGUCUGGCUAUAUU